ACUAUUUGCUGUAUCAUUAUUCGUAAAGAACGCAUCGGCAUUAGACUACUUCGCUGCUUUGUUAUCAUAGAGUUGACGCAGUGAUUAUGAAACUGACCAGUGAAAUACUGACUGCUCUGCGGCAAUUGAUGAAAAACUUGCCGAACAACCUAGGCACAAUCAGUGCGUAUAUCAUCCCAUCAACCGAUGCUCACCAGAGUGAAUAUCUGGCUGCACACGACGAACGGUGUGCGUUCGUGUCCGGAUUCGAUGGAAGCGCUGGCACCGCCGUAGUAACCGAAACGGAAGCACUGUUAUGGACCGAUGGGCGUUACUACCAGCAAGCUGGAAAACAACUCGACACUAAUUGGAAGCUGAUGAAAGACGGAUUGCCAAGUACACCGUCGAUUGACACAUGGCUGGCGAAAAUGCUGCAACCAGGUUCACGAGUCGGCGUAGACGCUAAUCUCAUCACAGCAGCCGCGUGGAACCCGCUGCAAACUUCGAUCAAAACAGGCAGCUGCACCUUGCUCGCUGUCACACCCAACCUAGUUGAUUUGGUCUGGAAAGAGCAACCACCCGCCCCACACAACCAGCUUCUACCACUAGCGACCAUUUUCACGGGGCAUUCGGUGUCUGAGAAGUUGACUGUCGUGCGCGAGAAGAUGGUAGAAAAAAGGGCCUCCGUUUUGGUGGUGAGUGCGCUUGAUGAGAUCGCGUGGCUUUUAAAUCUGCGUGGUACCGAUAUAGACUAUAAUCCAGUGUUUUUCGCCUACGUCAUCGUAACACUUGAGGACCUGCAUCUGUUCGUAGACGAAACGAAAAUAGUGCCAUCAAUAUUGGAACAUUUUCGAGAGAAUGGGGUUGAGGUACGGGUACAUGCGUACGAUGACAUGCAUAGGGUACUGCAGCAGUUGGCCCUGGCGAGUCCGCAUCUCGUAUGGGUUAGUUCCGGGUCCAGUUAUGCCCUAGUAAUGCUGAUCCCGGAGGAGAAGCGCUUCCAUGACAUCACUCCUAUCAACCUGAUGAAGGCAGUCAAGAACGCCACGGAGGCGCAAGGCAUGCGUAAUUGUCACGUGCGGGACGGAGUUGCUCUCUGUCAGUACUUUGCCUGGUUGGAGCGUACGAUAGCUGCAGGCACCCCGGUGACCGAGAUUAGCGGUGCGACCGAACUAGAACGCUGUAGGAGCUGCCAGCAGCAUUACAAGGGCCUCAGCUUUGCCACGAUUAGUGCUUCCGGACCGAACGGUUCAAUCAUACACUACCAUCCACUGCCGGAAACGAACCGACCUAUCAACGACCAAGAGAUCUAUCUUUGCGACUCCGGUGCUCAAUAUCUCGACGGUACAACUGAUGUUACACGAACAGUGCAUUUUGGCAAACCUAGUGAUGAAGAAAUCAGAGCCUUCACGCAUGUCCUUAAGGGACAAAUUGCGCUCAGUACGGCCACCUUUCCGCGAAGAGUAAAAGGUCAGUUUCUUGACACGAUCGCGCGCAAGGCGCUAUGGGAUAUCGGACUCGACUAUAGCCAUGGCACUGGUCAUGGUAUUGGACAUUAUCUUAAUGUACAUGAGGGUCCCAUGGGAAUCGGUAUACGACUAAUGCCCAACGAUCCCGGUCUGGAGGAGAAUAUGUUUCUUUCCAACGAACCUGGUUAUUACAAAGAUGGCAAAUUUGGCAUCCGGAUCGAAGACAUAGUGCAGGUGACGACAGCUGAUGUUGGAACCAAUUUUGACGGGCGCGGAGCGCUCACUUUUCACACCGUAACGAUGUGUCCGAUCCAAACGCGACUCAUCGACGUCACAUUGCUUACACUUCGUGAACGAGAACAUCUGAAUAACUAUCAUCGCCGGGUGUAUGAAACACUGACCCCAUUGCUGCGUGAAGCUAACGACCAGGAGACUCUUGCAUGGCUCGAACGCGAAACAAGACCAAUUUAAGUAAAUUACGCCUUUAUUAUUUCAUGUCCUGGUAAACCUAGUGUAUUUAAACAGAGAUAUCUGCCACCAAUUUUUUGACAAUUUUUACUUCAAUAAAAGUAAUCGGAA